GCUUUUGACAGCGGACGGAAAUUGUGCUGAUUAACAAGGGACAGUCUGCCCUACAUCCAUGCUGUCUUGCCUUGUAUCAUAUUUUAGAGUUUAGAAGGUUAGUGCUUUGUAGAAGUGGGUCCAGGGAACAUUGCUGUGACUGACUCCUCUGAGCUGAAACUCAGCAUUUAGAUUGUGGUUUUCCUGAAGCACAGGAAGAGAUUGAACCCAGUUUUCUUUCUUUCUGUAUCGUCUUUUGACAAAUUGCAGCAGACACCGGGGUCUCGUGUUACUCUUUCGAUCUGUACCCGCUAUCUUGUGGUUUGGGAACACUUAGAUAUGUGAAGAAACCAUCUGGAACCUUUGGUAAACGCAAGUUUGGUCACGUUUGAAAUAGGUCUUUCUGCUACCCCCUUCUUUGUCCCUCCUUCCCCAACGCCACUUCCCUCUGACCCUCUUGCUGUACACAUACACAUCACUAAUACCCUUCGGGAGCUCGUCUAUCAAAGGAUCCUCUUCUCCAUUUAAUGUUUGGAGCCUUUAGGUCUGCUCGAGAUCAGAGAGGCUCCUCCGAGGGUGUCUUGAAUGGAAGCUGUCGCCAAAUAUGAGUUCACCGGGGCAGGAGAGGAUGAGCUGAGCUUCAGGAAAGAUGACAUCCUGAAGGUUCUGAGCACCGAGGAAGACUGGUACAAGGCUGAACUUCAUGGACGUGAGGGAUUUGUGCCGAAGAACUACAUAGAAAUUAACUUUCCCAGCUGGUUCUACGGUGGGAUUGGCCGGAGUGAAGCAGAGAACAUUCUUUUGGAGCAAGAUGUGGGAUUCUUCCUUAUCAGAGCCAGCCAGAGCUCCAAGAAUGAGUUCUCUAUCUCGGUCAGGCACCAGGAAGACGUCCAGCAUUUUAAGGUCCUGCGCGAUGGCAAAGGUCACUAUUUCCUGUGGUCAGAGAAAUUUGAGUCCCUGAACAAGCUGGUGGAAUAUUAUAAAGUCAGCUCAAUCUCCAAAGCAACACAAAUCUACCUGAGGGACGGCAAGAAGGAAGCAAAGGGAGGUUUCGGCAAUCCCGAUGCACGGAUGAUGGGAGCACGAAUGCCCGAACCCCGAAUGCCCGAACCCCGAAUGCCCGAACCCCGAAUGCCUGAACCCCGAAUGCCUGAACCCCGAAUCCCAGACUCCCGAAUGUCAGGUUCCCGAAUGCUAGGUUCCCGAAUGAUGGAUUCCGGAAUGCCGGAUUCCCGAAUGCUGGAAUCACGAAUGAUGGCCCCCCGACUGCCGGAUCCUCGGUCAGAUUGCCGAUUACCAAAUACCCGGGUGCCAGAUUCCCGGAUGUCAAAUUCUCGAAUGCUGGAAUCCCGGAUCCCGGAUUCCCGAAUGCCAGAGCCCCGGCUGGCACCCUCACUGGGCCCCGGCGCACAUUUCAACGAGCCUUCAAUUCGAAGAGGCUGCCACCCUCAGCCAUCGUUCAACGAAGGACCACCACGGUUCAGGCAAUCCUGUAGCCCACAGCCUCCCUUCCAAGAGGGCCCACCAGUAGCCAGGAAGGCCAGUGAUUGCCCACCCAUGCAGAAAAUCAGGCGUGUUCGGGCCAUGUUUGAUUUCACAGCCGAGGCCGAUGAUGAGCUGGAGUUCAAAUGCGGUGACAUCAUCGAGGUCCUGGACUCUGCAGACCCCUCGUGGUGGAAGGGGAGUUUAUGGGGACGGGUCGGCUUGUUCCCAAGUAACUAUGUGUCGUCAAUCAACCGGUGACAUCCCACCAUACCCUGGAAGAUCGUCCUUUCCUUUUCCCUCCAUCAAGACAGCAGUCAAUAAAAUAUUUGCGCUUUAA